AGACACACAGCUGCCUGGUAAAGGAGUGGAGCUGCUUACCACUGCUCCCUUAAAUUGUGCUGAUGUGGCCCCAACCCCACCUCCCUCCCCCACCCACCAUGGCGAUGUCAGAAGAAGUUUGCAAGAUGAAAUUAGCCUCGGCUAGGAAAAUGUUAAAAGAAUUUCAACAAAGAAACAGCCCUACUGCUCCAUCACUAGCGAGAAGAAGAAAGAAAAGAAACAACCAUCGCUGUGAGACAACCACUUCUGAUGGUUGCUGUUAGGACCGGCCUUCCCUUCCCCCUACCACAGUCAACUAGAAAAACCCCAACGACAGUGGCAAAGUACUACCAUUAAUGUUUAGCUAGGUUGCAAGACCCCAUCCCCCCCUUCCCUUUUCGCGGCAGGCCUCUAAACCCUCCUUUGUUAGGAGAUAGCCAAUAAGCCGCAAGAAACUCCGCCUGAGAAAGAGCACGUCCCCUCUCUUGCUCAACGGCAGUGGAAGAUUACUGCAGCCUCUUCUACCACAGUAUAAAAAGCCUGUCUCCCAUUGUCUGCACGCGGCCGAUCCACUCUCUACCCCGGGUGUUCGGUCCGCCCGGAGCCCCCCCAAUAAAGCCUGAACGCCUAAUUUGCCUAGUCUACUCAUUUCGGCCGUUCCUGGGGGAACACGAGCAGUAGGGGGUGGUCGGACUUAUCGGACAAGUGGUGCCGUAACCGGGAAGAGGGUCGGUUGACCCGCCCUAGGCCUCUGAGGCCGGGCGACGGUCCCCCCUCUCGCCCCUGUCUGCCCAUCCACCCCCCCCCAUCGGGUCGCCAUCGCAAGACUCCAGAGAAGGUAAGACUUUUACUUACCUUCUACCCCUUCUUCUACAUAAGGCUAAGGCAACCAGCUUCCCGGCGCCAGUCCACACAGACUCCUCGCCCUAGACUCGGCCGAUCCGAGGCAGUCCUCCAUCCGACUCUUGGAGUCUUCCGAAGAAGGGAGUAGCCAGACGGGGACGCCUCUCUGACUGCUCACUUCACUAACCUAACCCUAAAGGGAACGCAAGGAGAAGGGACGCCUCCUCCUUGCCUUUUCCCUCCCUGGCGCCGGCUAGCUUUGCAAGCCAUGGGGAACUCGGAGUCUAAAAUAGACCCUAACACCCCCUUGGGGUGCCUGCUCCGAAAUUUCUCAAAGUUAGGCUAUUCUCAGACCCUGCGGAGAAAGAAAUUAACAUUUCUCUCUCAGGUCGCAUGGCCCCAAUAUAAUCUUAACAACCAGUCUCAUUGGCCACCGACUGGUACUUUCGAUUUCAACGUAUUACGGGACCUCGAUAACUUUUGCCGCCGUACGGGGAAGAACACUGAAGUCCCUUAUGUCCAGGCUUUUUGGGACCUCCGCUCCCGUCCCGAUCUCUGCUCCUCCUGCUCCACCCACCAGAUCCUUCUAGCCCGAACCCCCCAAAAAGUUUCCACCGCAACCGCUGGCCCACCGCCUUAUUCACCUCCGGACAAACUCCCCGAACACCUUUCUCCACCCGCUAAUCCUGGCAGUCCCCCUCCACCUUCCUCCCCAGAUGCCCCCAAGCCCUCCGCCCUAGAAACACCUCCCCCCAUGACUUCCCCCGUAUCUGCCCACACCAGAUCUCAUAACUCAUCAGUAAUAGCACCCCUCAGGGAAGUUGCAGGGACCAAAGGUUUAGUAAGGGUCCAUGUCCCCUUUUCACUCCAAGACCUGUCCCAAAUCGAGAAACGUUUAGGAUCCUUCUCAGCCGACCCGUCCACCUAUAUUAAAGAAUUUCAAUUUCUCACCCAGGCAUACAGCCUCACAUGGCAUGACAUUCGGGUAGUUUGCAUCUCCACCCUCACAGCUGAAGAACACGAGCGCAUUCUCGCUGCUGCUCGGCAUCAGGCAGAUAAAGACCAUAUUAUAGAUAACCAGGUGCCCCUUGGAGCUGAAGCUAUUCCUAACAAGGAUCCCCAGUGGGAUUAUCAGGCAGGCCCAGGGUCCAACAUACCCCACAGAGACCGCAUGGUCCAAUACCUCCUCAAAGGCAUGGAUAUAGUGUCCAACAAAGUAGUAAACUAUGACAAAUUAAGAGAAAUCACCCAAUUACCAGAUGAAAACCCUGCCCUCUUUCUAACUCGCUUGCAAGAAGCAUUAGUCCGCUACGCCCGCCUUGACCCAGACUCACAAAACGGAGCCACCGUCCUAGCAUCACGCUUCAUCUCCCAAUCAGCCCCUGACAUUCGGAAAAAAAUAAAAAAAAAAAAAGCAGAAGACGGCCCUGAAAUCCCUAUACAGGACUUGGUAAAAAUGGCUUUUAAAGUCUUUAAUGCCAGGGAAGACGCAGCCGAGGCAGCCCGCCAAGCGCGUAUGAAACAAAAGGUCACUCUACAGACCCAAGCCCUAGUAGCAGCCCUUCGGCUGGCAGAAAAUAACAAGGGUAAAGCAAAUACCCGCACCCCUCCCGGAGCGUGUUUCAAAUGUGGGAAAGAGGGCCACUGGUCCAAAGCCUGCCCCCAGCCUCGUCCUCCUACAAAGCCCUGCCCAAUCUGCCAGCUCAUGGGACACUGGAAAUCCGAUUGUCCAAGCUCCCCCAGGGCCUCAGUUCCUCCAAACUGACGCACUGGGGAGCAGCAAGGCCACGUUUCCGAAAACCAGGCCCCUGCCCAUGCCAGUCAGGAGUCAGGUACUCGGGAAAACCUAUUCCCAGAGCUACUAGGGUUUAUGGACGAUUAUCGGUGCACUGGCUUCCCAACUCCGGUUACCCUUGCCAAGCCCAGUGUUAAGCUCAGGUAGCGGGUAAGAGUGUCUCUUUUCUAUUAAACACGGGGGGCUGCCUACUCCGUACUUCCCUCAUAUUCAGGCAAAACCACUCCUUUCCAAGUCUCUGUCAUGGGCAUUGAUGGGUCCCCCUCCACUCCUCACCAAACUCCUCCCUUAACCUGUCUGCUUGGCCCUUCCAUUUUUACUCACUCCUUUCUAGUCAUUCCCUCUUGCCCUAUACCUCUCCUAGAACGAGAUAUCCUAGUAAAACUGCAAGCUACCAUUACUUUUCCACACACAGAAACUUUCCUCUUACCCCUCAUCGCCAGCUCACCUUCCCCCGCUCCUCCGGCCGAACUCCUCUCCGAUGUAAAUCCCGAAGUAUGGGAUACUGAUACCCCCACUGUAACCUUGCACCACCAACCCAUACUCAUACUCCUGAAAGACCCCACAGCCUUCCCUUCUCGCCCUCAGUUUCCUAUUUCCAAAAUUCACCGCCUCGGCCUCCUCCCUAUCAUAAAUAAGCUGAAGGCUCAAGGACUACUCAUUCCUGCAAACUCCCCCUGCAACACUCCCAUUCUGCCUGUGAAAAAAACCCUCAGGUCAGUACCGCCUGGUCCAAGACCUCCGCCUUAUCAAUGCAGCAGUCAUUCCCGUUCAUCCAGUAGUGCCUAACCCCUACACAAUCCUUUCCCACAUUCCCCCUACAACCACCCACUUCUCAGUUCUAGACCUCAAAGAUGCCUUCUUCACCAUUCCCCUGCACCCAGAUUCCUAUUUCCUUUUUGCUUACCAAAAGCCCUGUUUCACUUUCUCACCCCUCUCUUCCAUCCUCAGGGCCUCCUUUCCACAAUAAAAGAAAUCCACUCUAAUUGUAUAACCUGCACUAAAACCAAUAGUCAGGGAGCCUGUCACCCACGUUGUUCGAUCCACCAGUUACGCGGCCACCUACCAGCCCAAGAUUGGCAAGUUGAUUUUACACAUAUGCCAAAACACAAACAGUUUAAAUACCUACUAACCCUGGUUGACACCUUUUCAGGCUGGAUCAAAGCUUUCCCCACAGCUUCUGAAACCGCAGGAGUUAUAGCCGAGCACCUCGUCCGGGACAUCAUUCCCCGAUUCAGCCUUCCUUCCACCAUCCAGUCAGACAACGGACCUGCCUUUGUUUCUAAGAUCACCGCUGCAGUUUUCACAUCCCUAGGGAUCCAGUGGAAACUGCAUGCGGCCUACCAUCCCCAAUCCUCUGGUAAAGUAGAACGGGUCAACGGCCUCAUCAAAGAACACCUAACAAAACUUGCCCUCGAACUCCGCCAGUCCUGGGUUACCCUACUUCCUAUCGCUUUAACAAGGCUCCGAGCAAGCCCCCAGGGCCCUUCACAACUCAGCCCUUUUGAGCUGCCAUACGGAUGGCCCUUCUUACUCUCCUCCCCCCUACCACCAGACACCCCCCUUCUACCUACCUACCUGCCCUAUUUCACCCUCCUCCGAGCACUUCUCCCAGAACAUGCAAAUACCGCCCGACUCCUCUUCUGACCAAAUACCGAAAGUUUCCCCAGGAGACCUGGUCUUUAUAAAGUCACUCUCUCCAAAGCCAUUAACUCCCAGGUGGGAAGGCCCAUACACAGUUAUCCUCACCACCCCCUCAGCAGUAAAAGUCGCCGAAAUCUCCUCGUGGGUAUACCUAACCAGAGUAAAAAGAGCACGUCAUGUGCCUCCCAAACCCUCCUGGAAUGUUACCUCUACUGGUCCUCUAUCUCUUAAGCUUACCAGAACCCCACAACACCUCCAGUAACCCUCUUAUAUGGAGAUUCUACCUAACUGAAAAUUACACAAAAACCACACACAUUUGCAACACCCCUCCCUACAGCCACAACCACCUCCUCGCCACUUUUGACUGCCCUCCUACAGGGUGCAAUUCACCCAUCUUUCUAAACUUCACCAAUUUCAACAUAGACCGAGCCUCGUACAUCUUCAUGGAUUAUAAUCCUGCCUUCUGUUUUCUUUAUGAUCAGGAAGGCGCCUGCAAAACAUCUUCCUACCUAAAUUGCAUGGGAUGUACCUGGUCUAGUUGCACCAUACACCCGAGUCUCCCCAACAGAAACCACAGGAACUCCAAACUAAAAUACCACCGCACCCCCAACUCCCUCGGCUAUCCCUAUCUCUCUCUCCAAAUCCCUGACCCUUCGAACUCCCGCUGGACCACACUCCAAAAAGCAGCAGUAUACGAUACAGUCUCCACCGGGUACCCCUCCUCCCACCUCUAUAUCUGGAAAACCUUAAUAGCUCUAGCACCUAACCUUAAAAAAAUUCACUCCUCCAUUCACACCCAAGAACAAGCGCUAACCCAACAACUUCAGCCAUCCUCCCAGCCUUUCUCAUGGCUAACCCUCCUUAAUGAAGGCCUAAAAAUAACUAACCAGCUUGCCAACCGAACGAGUCUACCAAACCUAUCUUCAUGCCUCAUGUGCGCCACCCUAGGACAAACCCCUUUAGUCGCAGUUCCAUCUAACACUCACGCCAACUCCUCUAUACCGCCUUCCCAGGCUACUCCCAUAGCAGAUGUAGAAGUCUCUCUACCCCCAAACCAGCAAAUACCAGUCUGCUAUGGGAACAGCUCCCCCACCUGCAACCGAACUAUACCCAUAACCACCAAUCUCACCACUCCUCAUAGAACCUUUUUAUGGUGCAACAGAACACUUUUCAAAACCCUCAACUCCUCUACACACUCCCCCAGCCUAUGCUUACCAGUAACCCUUGUGCCCCGAUUAACUAUUUAGUCCCCAGCAGAGUUCCAACAACAAUUCAUACAUCAUCGUGUACGACAGGCCGCCUUUUUACCUCUAGCAGUAGGUCUCUCUCUCGCCGGAUCAGCCCUAGGAGCUGGACUAGGGGGAGGAGCCCUAGCCCACUCCCAUCAGGCUCUAGCACAUCUAACUUCUCAGUUUCAGGCCGCCAUUGACAAUUCUGCAGAAUCUUUAGCCUCUCUCCAAAGACAGAUCACCUCAGUGGCACAGGUCGCCCCACAAAAUCGUCGGGCAUUAGACCGCUCGGCGGUGAGGAACCUGCAUCUUCCUACAAGAAGAAUGCUGCUACUACAUCAAUGAAUCCGGCCUAGUAGAAACCCGGAUUGAAAACCUACAGAAGAUCAGCACAGACCUGCGCCGACAAAAGUUCUCAACUGAAGCCACCACUUGGUGGACUUCCUCUAUGUACACCCUCUUAACUCCUCUAUUAGGCCCAGUUAUUGCAAUUGGAUUAAUUUUACUAAUUGCUCCUUGUUUCUUACAGUUCCUUCAACGCUGCUUCCAAGAACUAACCCGCACCGCAGUGAACCAGAUGCUCCUACAACCCCUCAUCCCAGGAGAAGCCGAAACUAACAUAACCUAACUCUUUAUAACUCCUCCCUACAACGCCCCACACCAGCAGGAAGAAGCUAAGAUAGACAACUACGCCCAAAUUCCACAAUAAAGAGUGAGGAAUGUUAGGACCGGCCUUCCCUUCUCCCUACCACAGCCAACUGGAAAAACCCCAACGACAGUGGCAAAGUACUACCAUUAAUGUUUAGCUAGGUUGCAAGACCCCAUCCCCCCCUUCCCUUUUCGCGGCAGGCCUCUAAACCCUCCUUUGUUAGGAGAUAGCCGAUAAGCCGCAAGAAACUCCGCCUGAGAAAGAGCACGUCCCCUCUCUUGCUCAACGGCAGUGGAAGAUUACUGCAGCCUCUUCUACCACAGUAUAAAAAGCCUGUCUCCCAUUGUUUCUACCACAGUAUAAAAAGCCUGUCUCCCAUUGUCUGCACGCGGCCGAUCUACUCUCUACCCCGGGUGUUCGGUCCGCCCGGAGCCCCCCCAAUAAAGCCUGAACGCCUAA